AUGCUGUGCAGCCAAAGUUUCAUGGCAGUCUUGUUGCCUACCAAAAACAGAAGGUGGCUUGGGAUUGAGGGAUUUUGGGAGAAACGUAAAGACCUUUUGACACAAAGGUCAGAUGCAACAGAGCCAGACACUUUCUUUUGGGGACCUCCAGAAAACAAUUCAGGUGGCUUCUCUACAAAGGAAACUUGGAAAUUUCUCCGGCCAAGAGCUGCAGCUAAGGAUUGGUCAAAAGUGGUUUGGUUCAAAAACAUGGUUCCUAAACACGCCUUUAACUUUUGGGUGGCUAACCUUGAUAGGUUGCCGGUGAAUGAGCGACUGGUGCAAUGGGGUUUGAUGGAUAUUGGAACCUGUACUUUCUGCUCCACUGAUGAGGAAACUAGGGAUCACUUGCUCUUUAGUUGCAGGUUUGCAGUGGAGAUAUGGGAUCGUGUGAAACAUAGGUUGGGAGCUCCACGUAUCUUUUUUACCUCUGGGCAAGCGAUGAUUGGGUGGCUUGUCCAGCAGAGAUGGUCACCAAGGAGAAGGCUUCUCAGUUUAAUUGUCUGUCAAGCUACAGUCUACCACAUAUGGAGAGAAAGAAUUGAUAGGAAACAUGGAAGACCUCCAUCAACGCCUCUAGCUAUCUUCAACAAGAUUGAUAGGGUAACGAAGGACAUUCUUCUAGCAAGACGACGCAACAAGGGGUGUACAACCUUACUCUCCUUAUGGUUCAAGUAUAGCUAACCUUAGCUAACAUUUUGCUGCACCAAACUGUUAGCUUCUCACUGGUUUUUAAUUUUUUUGGCCAUAGAAGUACCCUGCUCUUGAAGCUCAUGUAACCAAUAUUAUUUUGGAAAUAUAAUUUACAGUUAUCAAAAAAAAAAAAAACUUAGCUAAUAUUUAUAUCUAAUGUAUCAACAAAUUUGGACCACACAGUUAAUGUACUAUCAGCUUCAAAAAAGAUUAAUAUCUCUAUUGGUUAUAAAUUUUCUUAUUUCUAUUGAUUUUCGUUAGUUAUUAUUUCUAUUAGUUAUAAAACUUUGACGGCCAUAAUAUCUUUUUGACAAAUGUGGAAUCCUAUACCAAAUGCUUAGAUUUUAUUAUUUGCCAUGAUUUAGCUUACAUAACAAUAAUACCAAAGAAGAUAAUGUAAAAUGGAACUCAAUAAUAUUACCAUAUGAUUAUAACAGCUUUCGUUUUUUUUUUUAAAUGAUAGAAACAACUUUAAAUUAAAUGAUCAAUAUAUAUUAUGUGAAUAAAAUAAUAAUACUUCAUGUGAUUCCAAAAUGUAAGAAAAUUGUAACAAACUUUUGUUUUGAAACACUACAACUUAUUUUAACAUAUUAAAUUUAUAUAAAGCUUAAAAUCUACAAUUAUCUAACAUUCACGUCAAAAACUUUUAAAUAAUUUUGAAUUUUUUAAAAUGCUUUAAAUGAGUCUAAACAGGUAUAAAUGAGUUAAUAUAAUAAUUACAGGACUAACAAGACAAAUUUAUAAGAUUUUAAAUUAAAU